AUGUUCGGAAUCGCUAUCGUGGUGUACGCAGCAGGUGCCGCAGAAUACACCUACGACGCUGAUGUCUCGGAAAGCGACUCCUACCACGUUCCCGAAAUUGCCCAAUCCCGCGCACCCACUCCAGUCUCCCAUGAAAGCACCAUCCCAGUCGAUGAACACUCAGAGUCCCACUGGAACUGGAGCAACGCUAGCGCAGAAGAAACCGAACAAAAAUACCGCGAGACCACUUACCUCCAGCGACUCACCAAAAUCCGCAACGACUACAGUGCCGUCGAACUCCUCUUGCAACUUGCCCAGGAAGAGGACAAUUCCACGAAGAUAUUUGCAAGGACUGUCGCGAGCUUCCACGCGCUCAACGAACACUUCACGGACACUCAUCGCGACGCUGCGAACCUGGUACACAUCGACGACGAAGGACUCGCAAAACUCAGAACGCAAAUCGGAAGGACGGACGUAGAGCACCUAGAAGCGUGGAGGGACUUUGCCAAUUACUCGGAAACACACCCAUCGGCAGCACGCAUCGUCAACACUGCUCAUCGCUAUCAAUUCGGGCCGUCCAUUCACUUCGCCUACUUAUUUAACGACUUCGAACCCAUGCCCAACCCCACGCCAACUCACUCUCGACCGCUCUCAGAACGCAUCACAUCCUCGUCAUCCAGCCAGUUCUUUCUCGCGUCCAACCAGUCCUUUCGGUCCUUUUGGGACCAACCAUCCCCUUCGACGAGCACGCCGUCUCCCCCAUCGUAUGAGUCCGACAGCCACGCCGCCACCAAGAAGUCGGUCCGCUUCUCCACCCAACACAAAUCCCUCGAUCAUUACGAUCCCGGAUGGACGUCCCCGAGCGCUCUCUCGGAUUGGACAACUCCCGCGAAGGUUUCGAAGAGGCAGCUCAAGCGCGAACGCCGCCGUCGCAACAGGCAGUCGAAGCCACUCAUAGUCAUCAAGAAGGCUCUCGAGGAGGCAGUCGCGAAGGUUCAGGAGGAGAUCUGGGCCCUUAACUAA